AUGUCCAGCACGAAUUCCUCUACAACCCCAUACAGCGGUCUGCAGAUCGACCACCAACCGACAUCAGUGGUGGCCAUCGUCGAGGGAUUGACGAUGAUCAUCAUCUUUCUCGGGUCGUUGAUAGUUAAUCUCGUCGCCUUGGUGAUCAUCCUCCGUGAUAAGACACUGAGGAGAAAUGUUCAUAAUUGGCUAAUCAUCAACCUGAUCAUCAACGAUCUCGGGAUUACGAUCACCAGUAUGUCAUUCUCUAUUAUAUCUGUCUUUGACAACGGUUAUUUUCUGAUUCACAGUGAAGUCAUGUGUUUGAUCAACGGGAUUGGUGGGACAAGUUUUUCCUUCGGAAACUUUGCCACCAUUGUGGCCAUAUCUGUAGACCGCUAUCUGACCGUCGUUUGGUCGAGUCGCUUUCCUCCAACAAAGACUCGUAUCAUCAUCUUCAUCAUUCUCUGUUGGGCAUUUUCCGUGUUCAACAUCAUCCCGCCUUCCUUUGAGUUAAUCUCUGAUUACAAAUAUCACCCUUUCACCCAUCAUUGUUCCCCAAUCUGGCAAGUAUGCCUCUAUUACUUCAUCUGCUUCGUCAUCCUGUUCGGCAUCACUAUUCCCGCCAUGGUCUUCUGCUACAUUGGUGUCUUCUGGACCUUGAGGCGUCAGCAGCAGGUCCUUCGAUCUCACGCCAACGGUCGAAAACCGGACGACGCUCCUGCAGACGUUAUUGCAAGCGACAGCGAGAAAGUCGAUGAUGAAAGCCUUCACGCAUCCAAUCCGACGACCAACUCGGGCUUGAGUUUGGAAGAUCUUCCUGGUCGGUAUGGAAAUGUUUCUGAGACAACAGAAGAAUCAUCAUCUCCCAACCUUGACCAGCCUGUGGGUAGUGGUAUCCAGGAAGCGGCUGCGCAUCCGAAGAAGAAGAUGAACGAGAAAAGGAAGAGGGCCUUGCAGAAGAAACUCACGACUGACAAAAGAAUCGCUCUGACAGGCGUACUAUUGGUGAUGACUACACUGAUCUGCUGGACACCAUAUUCCAUUGUGCAUUCAUGUUCCAUCGAUAUCAGUGUAACUCAUUCAUUGGGUGUGUUCACAAUGUGGCUCGCUUACAUCAACUCACUCCUCGAUCCAAUCAUUUACUCAUUCAUGAAUAGACGAGUUCGUGCUCGAUACCAUGCCAUGAUGUCUAGCUUCAGAAUGACUGUAUGUAAGAAAUAGUGUAUGAAUCUUCUCACUUGAGCAUCACUUGCAUAUUAAUGUCAAUGCUGCAAAAUCUGCAUUCAUGAAACAAGUUCACACGAGAAACUGAUGGUUUUAAACCUCUGAUUUACAAACCUGUUAAACAAAUCCAAAGUCAUAAUUUAUUGACUAUCUCUUUAUCAAAAGUUAACAUGAUGUCGAAAAACUAAUCAAGGUGUCAUUUCUGUAACAGAAAACCCGAUAAUCACAAUUCUUGUAGAAUGAUUUUAAUGAUCCCUUGCAAAGUCUCCUCAAUCAUGACUGUAAAUGGUAAAUAUAUUAUAGAUAUGAAUCGACUUAUCAGUUUAUAAAUACUGAAUAUUUAAAAUUAUUGAAUUGGCUCUUUUAUUUCAUUUCAUUUCGUCUAUUUCCAUUUUC